GACAAUUAUUAAAAUUGAUUAAAAUAGUACUACAUGCAUUUAGACAUUUGACAUUCAUCAGUAUCGUUUGUUAUUUGUGUGUCUAUUAACUUUUUUUUUAUUAAACAAUUUUUUAUAACGACCAUUUUUUAAAAGGUAUAAAUCUGUAUCAGCUAUAAAAUGAGUGGAGUUUGUAAACAACCGAUAUUCUCCUUGGAGCCAGAUACUAUAAAUUGUCUAGUGGUUGGAUUAAUUAUCAACAGUAAUAAUGCUAAAACCUACGAGUCACGAUUGUCAUAUGGUACACGAAUGCGAGGAGUAUGGACAUUUACCUUGAAAGACUCCACCGAAGACACCAUCAAUGUCACGAUUUGGGGAACUGCUGACUAUGUCAACAAAAUAUUUGAUAAAUUUCAUAUUGGAAGUGUUGUUGAUAUUAUCAAUCCAAAAAUUCAAUCACGUAAAAGUGAUGACAAGAGUGAAAUGUAUACACCAAAUGUGUCAAGUCAAUUGAUGCUGAGUGUCAAUCAAGGAACAGCUGUUAUUCAAGAACAUGAUGGACCUGAUAAAGAUCACUAUGAAUCUCUGCUAAAAAUUCCAUUAAAAAGUGUUACAUGUGCUCGUUCACUUAGCAGCAUUUUGACAAACAUUGAUCAAUUUGCAAAUCAAUAUGUUGAUAUUUUUGUUGUUGUUACAUUUGUUUCAGAGUUGAGAAAUAUUGUAACAAAAGAUGGUCGUUCACUUGUAAAUCGUGAUUUUGAAUGUCUUGAUGGAUCAACACAAACAACACUUGGAUUCAAACUCUGGGAAAAAGAAUGGGUCAGAAGAUCUGGUCUUUGGUUACCUCGACAAACUGUACUUUUUAUUUCAGAUGCACUUGUUGCUCAUGACAAAUACAAAAAUAAAAUGACAAUAUCAAUUGUUAGAAAAACACUGAUUACUGAGGACCCAGCUGUUCCUCAAACUGCUGAUGUCAAAAAAGCUAUUAAAACAGAUUUUGAAUACAUACCACUGGAUCCAUAUGCUUUACCAAAAAUUGAAAAUAUUGAUAACAUUAUGAAAAUCAAGGACAUAAAUGAACGAUUAAAUAAAAAAAAAAUUCCAGUUGGUGGUGAGAGAGAUCAAUUUUUUACCAUUGUCUAUGCAACUGUCACUGACAUUGAUAUGGUAAAUUCAACAAGAAAUGGUGUUCUCAUAACAAGAUGUGCAAUGUGUAAAAGAUUGGUGUUGCCUGAAAAUGAUUCAUGUAUGAGUCUUGAUUGUCCAAGUGGAAAUGGAUCACGUCGUCCAAUGAAUAUCCUCAGUUUAUUUUUCAAAUUGAAUCUCAAAGAUGAAACUGGUUGGUUAAUUGGUUGUCGAUUAACUGGUGAUGCUGCUGAACGUGCACUAGGAUGUACACCCAAUGAAUUCAAGGAGAUGACGUUAGAAGAGCGUGAUAAACUGAAAUGGAAAUUGGCGCUUGAAUUGUGUGACGUCAGAUUACAGGUGUUGGGGCCAACAAAAACAAGUCAAAGUGCUCUUUACAACAUCUUGUCAUUAACACGACUUCGUGGUGAUGAUGAUUAUGACGAUAAUGAUAAAACAAUAAGUCAAACAUAUCUUAAUGAUAAUCAUACUUAA